UUUUUAAGGAAAUGUUAAUUGGAAUUAUAAUUUCAUUAUUUUACGUUAUUAAUCAUUUGAUCUCCAUUUAAUAUUAUUUUUUAUUUUAUGACAUUAAUCUCUUUUCACAUUUAUUAGAGUAAGGGAAAAGUGAAAAAGUAACUAAAUUCUAUGUUAUUUUAAUAUAUAAGUAUUUUAAGUAUGUUAUGUCGCUGUACAAUAAUUUCAUUUGCUCUCACUAAUGGGUUGCUACGCAUGUGGCAAUGAAUCCAUCAUUAUUGAUUUAAUUGUUUGAUUUUCUAAGCACUUAUUUUUUAACAUUGUUUGUUUUUUUUUAAUAUGGGAUUCACUUUUUUUUUUAAUAUUGCCUGAUUUUGUUAAUAUGGGGUCCACUUUUUCUUCCCGUGAGUUUGGAUGCGGUGGGUUCUACUUUUUUUUUCUUUUUUUUUUUUAAUACUGGUUGGUGUAUAAUAUGGGUCCAUGAAGAACUUCUAUUUUUUAAUUUUUAAUAAAUAGUUUUUGUUUAACUCAUUUUACUUGUCAUGUUAUUUUUACACGGUUUUUUAAUGAAAUGUUAAUUAGAAUUAUAAUUUCAUUAAUUUACGUUAUUAAUUAUUUUAUCUCCAUUUAAUAGUAUUUUUUAUUUUAUGACAUUAAUCUCUUCUCACAUUUAUUAGAGUAAGGGAAAAAUGAAAAAGUAACUAAAUUCUAUGUUAUUUUAAUAUAUAAGUAUUUUAAGUAUGUUGUUGUACAAUAAUUUCAUUUGCUCCCACUAAUGGGUUGAUAUGUAUGUGGCAAUGAAUCCAUUAUUAUUGAUUUAAUUGUUUGAUUUUCUAAGCACUUUUUUUUAAUGUUGCCUGAUUUUGUUAAUAUGGGGUCCACUUUUUUUUCCCCGUGGGUUUGGAUGUAGUGGGUUCUACUUUUUUCUUGUCUUUUUUUUUUUUUAAUACUGGUUGGUGUUUAAUAUGGGUCCAUGAAGAACUUCUACUUUUAAAUUUUUAAUAAAUAUUUUUUGUUUAACUCAGUUUACUUGUCAUUUUGUUUUUUACACGAUUUUUUAAGGAAACGUCAAUUAGAAUUAUAAUUUUACUAAUUUAUCUUAUUAAUUAUUUUAUCUCCAUUUAAUAGUAUUUUUUCUUUUAUGACAUUAAUCUCUUUUUACAUUUAUUAGAGUAAGGGAAAAAUGAAAAAGUAACUAAAUUCUAUGUUAUUUUAAUAUAUAAGUAUUUUAAGUAUGUUGCUGUACAAUAAUUUCAUUUGUUCCCACUAAUGGGUUGAUACGUAUGUGGCAAUGAAUCCAUCAUUAUUGAUUUAAUUGUUUGAUUUUCUAAGCACGUUUUUGUAAUGUUGCCUGAUUUUGUUAAUAUGGGGUUCACUUUUUUUCCCAGUGGGUUUGGUGUGGUGGGUUCUACAUUUUUUCUUGUCUUUUUGUUUUUUUAAUACUGGUUGGUGUUUAAUAUGGGUCCAUGAAGAACUUCUACUUUUAAAUUUUUAAUAAAUAUUUUUUGUUUAACUCAUUUUACUUGUCAUGUUGUUUUUUACAUGAUUUUUUAAGGAAACGUCAAUUAGAACUAUAAUUUUACUAAUUUACCUUAUUAAUUAUUUGAUCUCCAUUUAAUAGUAUUUUUUCUUUUAUGACAUUAAUCUCUUUUUACAUUUAUUAGAGUAAGGAAAAAAUGAAAAAGUAAUUAAAUUCUAUUUAAUUGUUUGAUUUUCUUUGCUUGAUUUUGUUAAUAUGGGGUUCACUUUUCUUUUCCCGUGAGUUUGGAUGUGGUGGGUUCCACUUUUUUUCUUCUCUUUUUUUUUUAAUACUGGUUGGUGUUUAAUAUGGAGCUCAAUUUAUUUUUUUUAAUAUUAGUUGUUGUAUUUUAAUAUAUAUGGGGCCCAUAAUUUAUUUUGGUGGAAAACGGACGAAGAAGCAUGGGUACCAACCCAUGCUUCUAUAUAGUAGUAAUAUAAUAUAUAUGAUUAUUUAAAAAAAAAAAAAGGUGAAGCUACAUAAUUAAAAAGCUAAUGUGAAAGCUAAUGGUGGGACUAGAAGCGUAGAUAUGAAUAGUAACCAUUAAGCAAUCCAAUAAAAAAUGCGUUAUCUUCUUGUUUAAGGAGAUCUCAAACCCUAACUAACGUAUCUAGUUCUUUACCAUCUUUCAAUUAGAAUACCAAAAAGAAGAGCAAAAUCCAUUAGAGCUUAAUUAUUUCAAUGGAGAAUAAUUAUCUUUGGGAGAUCUUCACUAAUAAACAAAAUAUUAGUGAAGAUCAUGCAAAUCAUCAUCCCCAGCUACUUCAGAUUCCUAAUUUCAAACUAAAUGGAGUUUGCCAACAAGAUAAUCAAAUCCAUAAUCAAGAUUUGAUGAGUGAUCCUCAUCAUGGUCCAUCCUCAACUAUUACGCGUCAAUUCCAAACAAGUUCUGAUUGGUUAUAUAAAUAUUCAGUAGUCAACAAAAGUACUUCAAUUAUUACGCCUCAGUUCCAAAUAAGUUGUGAUCGGCUAUAUAAAUCUUCAGUCAAUACUGGAAGUACUUCAAUUAUUGUGCCCGGUCAGUUUCAAACAAGAUGUGAUCGGCUAUAUAAAUCUGGAGUCAAAAGAAGUACUCCAAUUAUUACGCCUAAUCAAUUCCAAACAAAUUGUGAUCGGCUAUAUAAAUUGUCGGCCAGCAGUGGAAGUAGUAAUCUUGAUGAUGAUACUAAGAAGGGGCUAAGAAGUGAUGAAUCCAAUAAGCUCAAGAAAAAAGUAGUGCAUAGAAAUGUUGAAAGGCAAAGAAGGCAAGAAAUGGCAAAUCUUGUUGCUUCUCUAAGAUCUCUAAUUCCCUUUGAGUUCAUCAAGGGUAAAAGGUCAACAGCAGAUCGCGUGCAAGUUGCUAUGAAUUAUAUAAAGCAACUUCAGAAGAAUAUAGAAGAGUUGGAUAAUAGAAGAAAAAAGAUCAAGAAUAUAUCAUUGGAUGAUCAAAAUAAAAGUUCAACAAAUUAUGUGCACAACCAUAAUAGCAAUUGUGUCACAGUGAACAAAUGUGAAGAUGGUAUGGAGAUUUUGAUUAAUGUCAAUAAUAGCCAUAAGGAGGAAAUAUUUUCUUUGUCCAAAGUGCUGAGAUGGCUCCUUGAAGAAGGGCUAAAUGUGGCUAGUUGUGUUAAUUCCAAACAAGAUGAAUGGACUUUGAUCAGGAUCCAAUGUCAGGUGAGUGAAAUAUCAUCAGGUGUCACUGCAGCUGGGCUGCAAAAGAAACUGACUGAUGUGAUUAAUUAGCACAAUGAAGGAGGCGAAUUCAAAAUUUA